CCUAUUGAUGGUCUGUUGCUGUAAUUCACAGCUUCUUGUGGGUAAGAAGCUCUUAAUAAAGAAACAUAAUGUUAUGAUCUGAAUGGUGUUGCAGUGAGGUUCUGUUUACAGAUUAUAAUAUUGUGCCUUGCAAUGGUGACUUAUCACGACUUGCUACAUUGGUCUGGCUACAACCUGCUCACUGUCUGUUUGAGAUGUGGGCUGCACAGACAUCUAGCCAGAGCACCACUGAUCGAUCGUCCUUGUCCAUUACUGUUGAGGUAUUGAGAGAAGAUAACGGCACUUUUGUUUUGACCCGGAAGUACUCCAUACCUCCUUGCACUCCCUACUCUCCUGAGCCAACAGAACCUGCCUAUCGAAUGGGACCAAGUAUUGCUUGCAAGAAUGGCAGCUGUAUUGAACACGUCCUACCAGGACAGAGUUUCAAGAUUCGCUAUGUCCUUUUGGAUUCCUCUGCAAAACCCCUUGUGAUGACGCCAUGGUCUGAUGCUAUAACUACUCGAGAUGACCCUCCAACCUAUAACUCUAUCCAGGUGUGGAAUGUUGGAAUGCGAUCAGGUGCUAUGAUUGUGAUCACAGUGCUCCUGACUGUAACCAUGUUUUUCUUGCUUGUUGGGCUCACUGCUACUAUUACAGACAAGUGGAAAUAAAUGAAGUUUGAUGGAUUGGAUUCGAUCUGUGAUGGUGUCCACUGCUUCUAGAACAGUCAAAUCAAAUCUAUGGUUGAAAUGAACUGUCAAAAAUUGUUUUGGAAGGUUCCUUGUGGCAACAAAUGCAGAACAUACUUGUUUCUCACUUUUUAUAGCUUUGUCUUGAAACCUCCCUUUUUGUACUGAAUGAAUGACAAAAUAAAUCUUCUUUUCUCAUA